AUGCUUUAUCUAAAAUGGCUCCUCCGGAAAUACGUUCUUACAUUGUGCGUACUAUUCUUUCUUGCAAUUCUAAUUCUCGCUUAUUACAAUCCUGAGCAUAGUCUACCGUAUAUCAUAUCCAAUGACUAUUACGAUAUCGAAGAAGCUCUUAGACACCUGCCUAUAUGUAAUUCCCGAGAUCGUCCAAAUCAACGUGCUCUACUUUCUACUUUUCACGAAUGGACUAAGUUCGCAAGGAAACAUCAAAUUCAAUAUUGGAUUUCUUAUGGAACACUAGUUGGAUAUGUUCAACGCGGUGGUCUACUGCCACACGAUGGAGACAUUGAUUUAAGUAUAAUGGCACAAGCAACACCGUAUUUGUUUGAACUAUCUCGUUUAAACUUUUCAUCAAUCUAUGAACUUGUCAUUCAUCCACAAUGGUAUAUUAUUGACGACACAAAACGAUCUUACUUUCGAUCUGAGAAAGUCGAAUUUGUUUCGUUGAAUGGACGAUUUCUCAAUCUCAAAGAUAAUUUGCAUGUUGAUCUUUGGACUGCUUAUGAUUACCAUCCGAAUAAAACAAGAGUCUACAAGAAGGAUCCACCGACGAUAACUUCGUUUGACAAUGAUUACCAAUGGAGAUCAAUGCCGAGGGAGUGGAUAUUUCCUUUAAAGGAAUGCAUGUUCAGUGGCAUCAAAGUCUGGUGUCCAGCACAACCAGAAAAAUUAGUCAGUGAUAUUUACGGUGACAUAUCUGUGAAUACAUCGGAAGUGAAAUGUGUGAAUCAGACUUGGGUGCAAUCCGAAGAAUACAAAAAUGCUAAGAAAUUGAUGGAAAUGAGAAUGAAACACAUGACUGCAAGUACUAAAGAAACUUUGGUCACAACUUCAACACCUAGGCAUCAAAGCAGUCAUAGUCCCAUUGAUUUAGCCGUUGAGCAAAUUCCUACAUGCAAUUCGAAUGAUCGUCCUCGGCACCGAACUCUUCUAUUGCUUCUUCAAGCGUGGUCUCGUCUUGCAGACCAACACAAUCUUCAAUAUUGGUUAACAUUCGGAUCACUCAUCGGUUAUGUUCAACGUCGAGGUUUAUUACCACAUGAUUCUGAUCUUCAUAUAACAAUGGCAGUCAAUGAUACUCAGCAACUUCUGAACAUUUCUCGUACUAACUUUUCAUCAAAUUAUCAGCUUAAAGUUCACCCUCAAUGGAAUAUCAUGGGAGCAGGAAAUCGUUCAAGUUUUCCCGAUCAAGGUAUCAAUUUCGUUACACCGAACGCACGAUUUAUCAAUCUGGAAAGUAAAUAUUCGAUCGAUAUACUACCAUCAUACGAUGCCAACAAGCAGAACCUCACAGUCUACGAUCCAGAUUACAAUUGGAUGUCACAUCCAAAAAAUUGGACAUAUCCACUACAAACAUGUUAUUUCAGUCAGAUAAAAAUGUUGUGCCCAGCUGAUCCCAAGAUGUUGGUGGAAACAAUGUUUGGUGUUAAAGCACUAACGAAAUCAGAUACUCAAUGUCGGAACGGUACUUGGGUUGAAAUUACUCCUGGGAAAAAGUAA